AUGGCCUUAGAAGCGCGCGUGGAGUCUCUUGAAUGUCGACUGGAAGCUGCUCUCGCAAAUUCAACCAAAAGCUCUACCAAGGGACCCCGAGAAGACCCAAGCUCAACGACUUUCCCUGAAUCCGUAAAUGAGACUGAAAACCCAGUGGAUGAUUUGACUCAGGCAUUUGGGUGUUUUACGUUAGGAGAUACCGGAGAACUUCGGUUCUUCGGUGCAUCCAGUAACUUUAGCAUUAUCCAGAAUCCCUCGCUCAAAGUCGCUUCAUCCCUUGAGGCGCGAAACCUGGGUAUCACAGCAGCUCAGCAAAGCCCUGGAUAUUUUAAGCCCUCAGAGGAGCUACAAGAUCAUUUAUUAAGCUUGUUCUGGCGGUGGCAAAACUCUUGGCAGUAUAUUGUAUCGCGGGAGUCCUUCGUUCAUGAUCUUUAUGUCGAAAAGAGCGGCCGCUACUGCACACCACUCCUCUUGACAGCUAUCAUGGCGCUUUCUUCUCGAUACUCGUCCAGAAUUGAACUUCGUAUGGACUUCACUGAUCCAAACACUGCGGGUGCAAUAUUCGCCAGACAAGCCAAAACAAUGCUGGACUGCGAAUAUGAAGCUCCCACAACAUCAACGGUCCAAGCGACUGCGAUUUUAGGUCUAUACUGGGCCUCAAUCGAUAACGAAGGCCUCGGAUUCAUGUAUAUUGGGAUGGCAUCACGAAUGGCCAUGAACCUGGGGCUACAUUCGGACUGCUCCCAUUACGUGACUAAAGGCUUGAUUGCCCCGAAAGAUGUGGAAGAGCGCAGUAUCGCCUUUUGGGGGAUAUAUGUGUUAGACAAGUAA